GAUGACAACGCCCACAACCACGUACGCUGCACGGAUUUCCCAGUCAGCCUGAAACCAAUUGGCGGAAUUUUGUCCUUGCGUCUUGUAUAAAUUAGCAAAUAUAUUCAAAUUUUUGGGAAGCUGAAAGUAGGAACAGAGCAAGACGUCGGCGCUUUUUCCCCCUCUUUGCAAACCGUCGUUUCUUUCCGCUCUGUAGGAAUGCGUGCUGCAGUAAUGGAUCCUAAACACUGGGCGAAGGUCUGCAAGUGACAGGUCGCGACAUUUCUGGGCAGGGAUGAGACUCACCCCACCGCUGAGCUCAAGAUGAGAGAGUGGUGGAUCCAUGUGGGUUUGAUCUGCAUCCCGCUGGUAGCCGUCUACCUGCACAUCCCGCCCCCUCAGCUGUCACCUGCCCUGCAGAAGUGGCACAGUGCCGGAGAGGCCUUCCACUUCAGAGGCAGGGAGAUCUUCUACAGAGAUUCCUAUGGUGCUUUGGGAAGCUCUGAUGUCGUCAUUCUGCUCCAUGGCUUCCCCACCUCCAGCUUUGACUGGAACAAGAUUUGGGAGCCCCUCACGCAGCGCUUCCAUCGAGUCAUUGCCCUGGACUUCCUAGGGUUUGGCUUCAGCGACAAGCCACGACCGCACAGGUACUCCAUCUUUGAGCAGGCCAGCCUGGUGGAGGCCCUGGUGGCUCACUUGGGCCUGAGCAACCAGCGAAUUAAUGUGGUGUCCCAUGACUAUGGAGACACUGUGGCCCUGGAGCUGCUCUAUAGGAGUGACCAAAAUCGCACAGGUCACCUGACCUUUAACAGCCUGUGUCUUUCCAAUGGAGGAAUAUUCCCAGAAACACAUUACCCACGGCUGCUGCAGACACUUCUGAAGGACUUCACUUUUCUGGCUCCAGUUCUGACACGUCUCACCAACUACAUGAUCUUCCAAAAGGGGAUUGGAGACGUGUUUGGUCCAUACACGCAGCCCACAGAUGCUGAGUUCUGGGACAUGUGGACGGGUUUACGCUACAACGACGGCAACUUAGUUUUGGACAGCACUCUGCAGUACAUCAACCAGAGAUUAAAGCACAGAGAGCGAUGGGUGGGCGCGCUCACUUCCACCUUUGUCCCACGCAGCUAGUCCAGAGGUCGACAAUUACUAUCUUGGAUGAACACAUCAGCCACUACCCUCAGCUGGAAGACCCCACCGGCUUUCUCAACGCAUACUUCAAUUUUAUUCACUCUUUUUGAAGGGAAGCCAAAUGCAACAUCCAUGUUUGAAAAUGAAUCCAGAACCUGUACAAGCAGUUUGGUGCUUCUGCAAUACUUUUAGCGCAAAGUGAUGAAUGGUGAUUGUAACUGGGAGAAAUGCUGCAUCAGUUUCAGAUUUCAUCACAAAUGAUGGCAGCAGCAAUCCCUAAAAUGUCAGUUACUAGAACUGGAAGACAUCGGAUAUAGCUCAGCUAGAAACUUGAUUCAUUGUACUUAAUGCAGCUAACUGAAUACUUAGUUAUGCUUGGUUGUGUGAUUAUUGAACUCAUCUGGGACACUGUUUUGAUUCCCUCCAUUUUCUGUGAAGUCCAGCAAUCGGCUGCACUCUGAAUGGAUUUUGAUAUGAUUUUCUACAUUCCUCUUGAUGUCAAUGAAAAAUCUAAAUGUCAACUUUUCUUCAAAUAAAGCUAGUUUUGUUUAAAAA